AUGGAGUCCAAGCCCUUCAACGACAGGCUCUGGAUCAGACUCCUCGUCCUUCUCGCCUACAAGACCGCCACGCAGAAGCACGCCAACCGGCUGACGUUCACCAGCAAGCCAGGCCGCGUUGUCUUCAUCUCGCCAAAAUGCUGCAUCAAGUCCACCCCCUUCACCAGACUCGCCGAGGCCAGCGCCAUGCAAUUUGUCGCCCAGCACACCUCGGUGCCCGUGCCCAAGGUCUACUCGGCGUUUGAGCGCGACGGCCGCGCGUACGUCAUCAUGGAGAGGAUAGACGGGGAGAAUCUCGCGGAGGGAUGGAGCCGCCGGUCGGACGAGUCCAAGGCCAGGAUACUGGAGCAGCUCAGGGCCAUCGUCCAAGAGCUUCGAGGUAUUCAGCCGCCGUCCGGUAUUGGCGUCGCGAACGUGGACGGAGGGCCCAUAUUCGAUCACCGCCUGCCCUGUAAGUCGCUGUGGGGUCCCUUCCCCACCAUUCAGAAUUUCCACCAAGAGCUGCGGGGCGGGAUCGCUGCGGAGGACAUCCAGGACGACGCAUCAUCGCCGGGGGUCAAGCACAUGGCUUCGUUCCACGAGCAGGCCUGGCAGGGCCCGGUCUUCACACACGGCGACCUGAGCAGCUCCAACAUUCUCGUCAAGGAUGACAAGGUGGUCGGCAUCGUGGACUGGGAGACGGCAGGGUGGUAUCCGCCUUACUGGGAGUACACGUCCGCGAAGCACCCGAACCCACAGAACCGAUGGUGGCAGGACGAGGUGGACAGGUUCAUCACUCCUGCGCCGGAGGCAUUGGAGGCCGAAGCCAUCAGACGCAGGUUCUUUGGCGACUUUUAA